AUGUCGUGCGAUUUACCAGAAGAAGUGCGUACCCCCAAUGAAAAAAAAUUGAAUUUGAUUGUCGAUGUACUGAAACAGGAUAAAGUGGUGAAAGCUGAUUUGAUCAAAAAAGCAAGUGACGUAGUUGCUCCAUAUUUAUUUGAAGAGAAUCGUCGUGAUGGCAGUGGAUGGGAAAUGGUUGAUUUUGAACGAGGCAAAUUGAAUUGCCCACUUUGUCCAACGCAAAUUGUGCCUCAAUAUCGCAAAGACCGUUAUUUCGUCUGGAUGGUCGAAAAUUAUGAGCGACAUUUGAUGAACAAACAUGCAGCUGUUCAAUACCUCGCGCAAAACUUAAAUGGGAACUUCGCUGCCAUCGGUAACGCCAAUGUCGGUCAAAAUGAAGGAAAUGAUGCACAAAAUGAUGACUCACAUGAUGCCCGAAGCUCCAUGCCUAAUGGUGGCGAAGCUGUGUAUGGUCGCGGAGCUGUCUACAGUGACGAACCUGUCAGUGGUGGCGGAUAUGUCGUCGAUAACGAAGCUAUCGUUGGUGACGAAUCUGUCGUUUGUGACGAAUCUGUCGUUGGUGACGAAGCUGUCGUUCGUGACGAAGCUGUCGUUCGUGACGAAGCUGUCGUUCGUGACGAAGCUGUCGUUCGUGACGAAGCUGUCGUUCGUGACGAAGCUGUCGUUCGUGACGAAGCUGUCGUUCGUGACGAAGCUGUCGUUCGUGACGAAGCUGUCGUUCGUGACGAAGCUGUCGUUCGUGACGAAGCUGUCGUUCGUGACGAAGCUGUCGUUCGUGACGAAGCUGUCGUUCGUGACGAAGCUGUCGUUCGUGACGAAGCUGUCGUUGCUGACGAAGCUGUCGUUGCUGACGAAGCUGUCAUUGCUGACGACGCUGUGGGUGAUAACGCAGCCAUCGUUCAAAAUGUUGGCGGAAACGAUGCCCAUAACGGAGCUAAUAUUGCUCAGAACGAAAACAUCAUCGUUGCUCAGGAUGAUUGGCAAACACCUGGUGCCACAUUCGGCUGGAUUCAGUUCAAUAAGAGAGAGUGCUUCUUUCCCGGAUUUGUAUACGAAGAUAAUUUGGCCCAAAAAUAG